GUUCACAGUUAUUAGUACAUAAAAAGAAUUCCAGUUUAGCGUUCCAGCGACCAGCUACGUACACACAACAAAAUAAUGGCAAACAUACUCAAGUUUUUUGAAAAUCUCGAGAAGAUACUAAAUCCAGAGGGCCAGUGUCAAUUUGUCUCCUUAAAUUUGAGAUCUGUACCAAAGGAUACAGAUAGGAAGAUUAGUUUUAUGGAACUCAGUCAGUUUUUACAAGCCCUAUUCAGAGAAAUAGAUGCUAUUGCAAUAGAAUUAAAAAAAGAUGAAACAAUUUUAGUGAGUGUUAAAAACCAAAAAACUCUACGCACAUGUUUUCAAUUGAUAACCUCGUUGGGUGUGUCAAGAUGCCUAAUCCCAGGAUUAGGGAUAAAUUUGUCUAAGAGAUGUUCAUCAGCAGCCAUUCUUCACCCGCUUACCCUAAGUGAUGAAGAAAAGUAUGAAAUGCUUAUAGAGUGCACUGACUUUUUCACCCGAUGCUACAUGGUACCAGUUUUAAAGAAUAUAAUAGUCACUUUGCAUCUAUCUGAUUACUUAGCUGCUUUGAUACAGUUAUCAUUUGCUCCUUUGAAGAAACCUGGCACAUAUGGUCAUUUCACAAUGACUCCUGAGCUGUAUAACAGGUUAAACAUAGAUAGAAAAAAAUACCUGAAAGUUUAUGAACAUUUGGUAGAAAAUUGCUUUCAACCAAUACUUAUGAAAGAACUAUUGGUACUACAAGGUGUGACCGAUCCACAGCCUCCAGCUUUUGUUAAAAGGGUUAUAGCUAAGGAAAUGAGCUGCAGAUUGUUGGCCCCUGGAGGUUUGCUCAGCCUCAUAAGAUGUUUCAUUGAAAGUUAUGGGAUAGACUCUGGAAUUGAGUGGAAAAAAAUUGAUUUGAUAUGUAAAAUUGUUGCUGCUAAACACGGAACUGCUUCUGAAAAUGAUUACCUCAGUAAUAUAUGUUCCCAGUUGAAGAAUAUACUGGUGUCAAACAACACACAUUACUUAUCAACGGCAGUGGCCUGUGUCCUCAUGUUAAAUGAGACAUAUCCCCAAUCAGAAGCAGUGCAAGGUUUAGUCAAAAUUAUUUUUCAAACUUUAGUUUAUGAUGAGUUAUCAUUGAGACCAUCCUUACCAGGGACUAUAGCAUUGUCAGCCCAAGAGGUGGAAAGGGCAGUCAACAUGCUACAUGCUUGUGUAUACACCACAAAAUUAGACUGGCCUGCAGCUCUACUGCAUCCUAAUUUGUAUUUGCUUUUUAUGAUUGGGGUCAAAUGUACCAAAAAUGAGGAGAUGAAAACAAAAAUAAAGGAAAUACUUAUAAAAUUGUUAGAGUCAUUGUGCCAAAAUGAUGUCAGGAGUACAAUGAUCAAGUUGCUAUUUGGGAAUGAUGAAGAAAGAGUGACUAAGAUAUCUGUUGAAGAAUAUGAUGCAGGGAUUGCUGUUAAAUUUGUAUCAGAUGUGGCUGAAUAUCCCACAAAGGAUGCCCUUGAGUAUUUUAUGACUCUGUUCACAGCAUCAUCAAAUCUUACUUUUGUUCGAGCAAUUUUUGAAAGUGCAUUGCAAAUUCUUAUCAAUUUGACUGAAAAGAGGAAAGCAAAAAGAAAUAAUAUUUUGCUCACUCCUGAAGAUGACCCAAUUAUUAUAGACAAUAUAGAUGAAAAAUAUGUAGACAUUCUGCAGCUUCUCUCUGAAAUAUGCACAUAUCCUAAAGUGAUAUCUACAUUAAAAGAGUCCCCCGCAGGGGUGCUUAAUUUCAUAGAAUACUUUCUCAUGAGAAACUUUGGGAACUCUGAUGAUGAAUGUGUUACUAUUGCUUUGGUUGUGUUGAACACAAUAUUGGAAAACUCCAGUGUCAAUAAAGAUAUAGAAAAAAUGUUCAGCAAUAUUACUCCUAUGCUGAAGAGAAUGGCAGAAGAUGAUUCGGGAUUAAACAAUAUCUUGUGUAAAGAGGCUUUAUCUUUAAUAAAGUGUAAUAAGCCCCAGCAGCCAGAAACAGCGUGUGCUAAGGCAAUCGCCGAUGUUUUUGACCCGUUGUUGCCCGUCAGAGCUCAUGGUAUUAUAGAGCUCACUAAAUUGAUUGAUGCUAAAAAUACAGAAGCCAUCUCUAAGAAACAUUUUAUAUUCUGCCUUUUCCAGGAUCAAUUAAAGGACACUGAUUCGUACAUCUACUUAGCAACAAUAAAUGGCAUAGCGUCUCUAGCAACCCUGUGUACUGAAGACGUCCUGCAUGUCCUGUGCCGGGAGUUCAUCCAGAUUCCAGACCAGCCUGCACACAUUCAGACCUCAAAAGACCAAAACAGUUCCGCAGAACUGAAAAUGAAAAUUGGUGAUAUUAUUGUGAAAGUUACUAGAAACCUUGGUGAAAUGGCUGUCGUGCACAAAACGAUUCUGCUAAACACAAUGCUGAGUGCGUGUCGGCAUGACGACCCUUUCAUUCGGGCGUCCGCUCUCUCCAACUUGGCUGAAAUUGCUUUGGUUCUUCACUACAGAGUAGGAUCUAUUAUUUAUGAGAUACUCCUAUGCGUUUGGAGCAUAAUAGAGACGGAUCCAGCCGUGGAGUGUCGCCGAGCAGCUGUCAUGGUCAUAUCCAGCCUACUCAAGGGCCUCGGUAAGGACACUCUCAUAGAGCUAAAGGACAACCUUCUACCCAUAUACAGGACCCUGAAGGAACUCUACAGAGACCCCGACGAAGACCCCACGGUACGACUACAUGCUCAAAUAGCUCUCGAAGAGCUCAAUGAUAUCGUUAAGCAUUUUUUAAUUCCGACAGUAUCGAUGGAAAAUCGAUCAUUUCUGUUAGGUGGACCUAAAGACAUUGUUUUUAAAUAAAACUGCGACGGUA